AUGAAUCUCCUUGUCACAUUCAGCCUGGCCAUCGGCCUUGCAUGGUCGCUCGCCAUUCCAGAGACCUACGUCGAUGCUACCAGCAAUGCCCUCACGAAGCGUGACGCAGUGACCUACCUCCCAGGUCAAUUCACAGUCUACACCAGCCCCAACCCUUUCAUCACAGUCAACAACUGCAACUUCGUCUUUGAGCCCAGCGUCUGCCAGAUCUACGUCUACUGCGGCGGAGCCUUCAAGCAAGCGAUCGGUGGCCAGACGGGCAAUUGCAAUUCUCCGGAUUAUGGCAUCCUCAUAUAUCAGGAGGGUACUGGCAACUUCUACAUCGCCCGCGACAAUGAUCCCAAUCAGGUCCUCUGGCAGACGGGAGUGAGCUCGGAUUACUUGGAGUCCAACAACUUCGCGCCGUAUAUCCAGACCAAGUACAAUAAUGGCGUUGCUGGGUAUAGCAGUCCGACGAACCCGCCUAAUGCGCCUGGGUGUGGGACGUAUGCUGGUGAUUACGAUUUCUAA